GCUACUCCUCUUGUGAAGUAACAUUGUUGUGUAGAACUCAUAGUCCGUGUCCGUUGCGUGACUAGUGCUAAUGCAGGGUUUGUGAGCUUGUGGCAGUUCACGUUCUAGUCUUGCUUUGACUUCCAAAACGUUGCUGCUGAAUUUUCGCUGUCGUGUCAAUCAAGCAAGACGUCUUCUAGGUCCAGACUAGGAUUAUCUUCUCCGUGUUGUUCCACAGCGAAAAUAAGAAAUGCCUCUGAUCAUUCUUCUUGUAGCCCUUUGUGCCUUCUCUGCUGACGGUCAAUCUGUGUCGCUGUCGGCCUCAAGCCUGCCAGGCAGCGCUCCCUACACUAUCUACGUCGCCGAGAAUGUCUACGUCAACUCCCUCAGAGCAAGCGGCGCCACCACCUUCUUACCCGCGUGCUCGGUGCUGAGCCAGGCUGGGCCGUUUAUCCGUCUCGUCAACGAGGACACCAACCGGACGGUGGCGGAAACCGGAAUGUUUGACAACAUCGGCGGCAAUCCGCCCGCCUCCGCUGUGGUCUGGAACGUCACCGCUUUCCCCGUGCUGACCCCCGAGCUGUCCGGCACGUACCGCUGCUUCACCGCCAACGACCAGUCAGUGGAUACAUAUACAAUCCGAGUUGUCACUCCGGCGACGAUUUACCCCCUCAGCGCGGUUACCGUCGUCGACUACAACUCCGAGUACUUUAACGUCACGUGCACCGGUACCAGCUUUCGGCCGCAGAACCUGUCGAUCGUGACGGACAGCCUGGACGCGGGUGUGGUGACGCACAGCGUCAUGCAAAGCUCGCCGGGUCAGUACACGAUCAGCGCCACGGUCACGUUCCGCACGAACGAGACCGUGCCCAUGGCGGACCAGUCGUUCAACUUUGAAUGCGUCAACAUGUACCCAGCCACCGCCUGCACGCCCUUCGAUAACACCACUGUGGAGCAGGCGUGCCGUGACAUCAUCAACAGCAACGCCACAACGGCCACUACCGUUCGCGUUUAUGACCUGACUCCCUGUGCUGAUAUAUCUGGAUAUGGUGGUCUGGAGUUCCCGAACGGGUUCACGUCCAGGGCAAGAGGAACGGUGGUCAGUGUGGCCUGCGCUACUGGAUACGUGCAGAACGGCACGGACAUCACUAACACCACCUGCAUGGCCGGCCAGUGGUCCACGUUGCCCAACUGUGUCGACACUGACGAGUGCCUGACAACGUGCACGGAUGUGAAUGCCACGUGCACAAACAUUGCCGGUAGUUUCACCUGUACCUGUGGCAUGGGACUCACCGGCACUGGCCUCACUCCCGGAUCAUGUGUAGUCGACGACGGUGGUUCCAGUGGAUCAUCGGCACAGCUCGCAUCGCUCUUGUCCAUAAUGCUAACGUUGAUGGGCUCCAUGCUCUUCUUCUAGCUUCACAGCCGGAUGUGCAUGACGUGUUUUUGGUAUGCUUCCGUCAGCGAGGACUGCAUCCUGGAGUUUGCAGAAUGACGGCAAUGCUGAGAGGCUAUAAUGUUAGAAGCUGAAGAGUGCUACUCGGUGUGCUACUCGGUGGAGAGACGACAUGUUCUGCUAUUUACAUCUGCCUCUUUUUUUUGCCCGCAUUCCACUAGGUUACAGGUAAUACUCUGCGCUGAAAGAAGAGCAUGUUUGAAUUAUCUCCAGAGUUCAUUGUAUUUCCAAAUGUUGAUGGAUAACCUCCGUCUCCUCGCCUGCUGCUAGGUGCAUACGCUUUUCUUUUCAUGCUCCGACUACCUGGGAAUGCGCACAUGGUCACGCGGGUGUGCCGCGCUGUGUGCGUGUACAUAUUCGUGUGUGUGCGCGUGUGUGUGCGUGUCCAUGUGCGUGUGUGUGUGUGAUAUAGAAACUGCCUCAUAUCCCCUCGCUUUCACAUUACAGUACUCGCUAUAGCUGCAAAUCCGUUGCCACUAAGUACCGAUUUUGGGUUCACCCCGUCCCCCCCCCCCCUUUUUUCGGUCAUUGGUUGUGACUUACCACCUCACCCUCGCCGUUUGACGUUGCAUCUGCCACCCUGUGAUCUCCUGUUUCUCUCAACAUGGCAAGAGAAAACAUGAGCUCGCAGUUCCAUUUCCUAAAUGGACAGAGCGUGGAAUUUGUAGUCCUCGUUCA